GAAAAAAAAAAAACAGUAAUACCGUCUGAGGAAACACCGCCGCUUGUGGAGAUAGAAGCCAGACUUUCGCCUUUUCCCGCUGGCCCUCGCCGCUCCAGUCCCGUCACCAGGCGAGAUCCGCGGUGGGGGCGAGAGAGGAUGCGUUCAGGCUGCGAACUGCGAAGGGAACCGGGAGAUGAUAUCAGCAGCAUUAGCAUCAGUAUCAACGGGGCGCUAGGCUAACCUCUCCCUCCAACUCCCAAUCCUCAGUACUACUAAGUUACUACCACCACUAGCACCACCACUCUCUCCACAACCACCUCGCUUUUUUUCGUUACCCCCCUCGCGGAAAAAGCAAUGCUCGCGUGAGGGAUGAGGCUGGAGAGAGGCACGCCAGGCCAGAGCCGCGGCCUACAUCUCCUUCCCUUAGCCGGGCUCACCACCGCUAGAGCAAGAGCAGCAUCCGCCAACGCUUUGCCACUAUCACAUCGGCAUCUUUGGUCAGUGAGGAGAUCCAGGAGCAUGAGCAGGACUCUGUGUGGCGAGAGCAGAUGUCAGGGUACAAGCGCAUGCGGCGGCAGCACCAGAAGCAGCUGAUUGCCUUGGAGAACAGGCUGAAGGCCGAGAUGGAUGAGCAUAAGCUCCGGCUGCAGAAGGAAGUGGAGACCCAGGCCAACAACACCUACAUUGAACUGGAGCGUCUGGCCAAGAAACAGACUAUCCAGAUGGAGAAGGAGAUGAAGGCAUCAGCCGCAGAGGAGAAGAGAAUCCAGCAACAAAUCUUGGUCCAACAGAAGAAGGAACUGACCACCUUCUUGGACACACAGAAGAAGCAGUACAGGUUGUGCAGAGAGAGGAUGAAAGAGGAAAUGAAUGAGGACUCCAGUACACCAAAGGAGGAGAAGCAAGAGCGCUUGUCCCGCCACAAGGAGACGGUGCAACGCUCCCAGGCCGAGGAGGAAGCACAGCUGCUGAACCAGCAGAGGGUGGUCUACGAGAGGAGUUGUCGUGCUCUAAAGAGACGAAGCCUCAUCAAAAAGCAUGAGUUAGAGCAGGAGCAAAUGAGGGAGGAACUGAACAAAAAGAAAAACCAGAAGGAGAUGGAGCACGCUUUGAUGAUUCGGCAGGACGAGUCCACCCAGGACCUGGAACGUCGGCAGCUGGAGAGCCUGCAGAGGUUGCGCAUGGAGCUGAUCCGUCUGCAGCACCAGACUGAGCUGGAGAACCAGGAGGAGUACAACAACCGCCGCCAGAGGGAGCUGCACAGGAAACACGCUCUGGAGCGCCGGCAGCAGCCCAGAAACCUCAAGGCAUUGGAGAUGCAGAUCAAAAAACAAUUCCAGGAUACUUGUAAGGUUCAGAAUAAGCAGUAUAAAGCUCUGAGGAACCAUCAGCUUGAGGUCUCGCCCAAGAGUGACCACAAAGCCCUGCUGAAAUCUCUGAAAGAAGAGCAGACCCGAAAACUUGCAGUGUUGGCAGAACAGUAUGAGCAGAGCAUUAAUGAAAUGAUGGCCUCACAGUCGCUACGUCUGGAUGCUGAGCAGGAGGCAGAGUGCCAGGCCUUGAAGCGGCAGUUGCAGCAAGAGAUGGAGCUUCUGGACGCCUACCAAAGCAAGACGAAGGCGCAGACUGAGGCCCAGCACGAGCGGGAGGUGCAGAAGUUGGAGCAGAAGGUGUCCUUGCGCAGGGCUCACUUGGAACAGAAAAUUGAAGAGGAGCUGGCUUCACUUCAGAAAGAACGGACAGAAAAAAUCAAGCAUUUAUUUGAGCGCCAAGAGCGGGAAUUGGAGACAUUUGACGCAGAGAGUGCCCGACUAGGAUUUGGAAGCUUAGCCUCGUUUGACUUUCCCAAGGAGGACGACAGAUGAUCGAACCCAGGCUGACGUGACCAUACAGUGCUGAUGUCUGUGGAUGCAUUGUGCCUGUUCUGUCCCUGACUGUUGGAUUUAACCAAGAUCACCUUUACAGUGACUAUGCUGGAUCAGUCUUACUGGCUGGGGGAAGCUCUCUGAAAUUGUUAAGAAAGUAACCAGCUACCAACAAGAGUGACUUUGGAGCGCAAAAAGCAAAAGGGAUCAAUCUAGACAAACUGACCUUUUCUCCAUGCCGUUGACCCACUUUUGGUAUAAAAUCAGUAAUUCAGGAUAUUUUAGUACAAGUAAGCACUUUGAUAUGUUUAAGUAUGAACCCAACAUGUAAAGUGAACAUAUUGUGCAAAAAAUGCCUUUGGUGUUAUCAAAGGACAUUGCGACUGUAGAAUGUGUCCUCUGUCUUCACCGUGGCUAUUAGCUGUUUUGUCUUUGUUUAUCACAGCGAAUGUGAAUUCUGUUGACGAAAGCUGUAUGCAAAAGCAGGUUUUGAAACAAUGUCUGAUUUUAAAAUAUAGUGAAUAUACUGAGAGCAUUCGGUUUCUUCAUAUCGUGGUAGAACGCCUUUUUUUUGAAAAAGGUAAAAAAAAAAAGUCUAAAUGAUAUAAUUUAUUCAUUGUUCAGUAUCCUAAAUUAAUUGGCAUUAGUUUUAUCAGGGUGUGAAUUUAUUACAAUCAAUCAAUUCUGUCAGACUCCUUACUGGUAUUAUUGCAUGCACUUUAAAAGACAAAUUCAGGUUGUGAAGUGGAGCAUGGAUCUAUCAGAGAUUUUAGCUGUCUGUAAAUAAAAGUGGUCCAUAGCAGUUUUGUUUUCAUGGCUAUUGAUACUGAACAUAAGCUUUAUCUUUGAUAUGAAAAAUUGCCAAAAUUGCCAAAAGCCUUUUGUUAUGUUGAUGAAUUAUUUAUUUGUUUGUUUGUUUGUUUAUGUAUUUUCUUUUGCCUAGGCAACAUCAUUGUUUGUUGAGUUGUGAUUCAUUCAAUGUAGAGUUCUAACUGCUCUUGUACAGCGAAAAAUGGUGCAAUUUGUGUUGUAAAAAUUUUAUAUAAAUAUUUGUAUAUGAUAACCUAAAUAGGGGGUUUACAUAUGUAUUGGUCAGUCGUUGCCAACAGAAAUAUAGUGAAGUCUUAUUCAGCGGAGACAUAAGAAGGGAAACUAUUUUUCUAAGCAAAACAGGGAGGGACAUUGCCCGUUUCACUUAUAAUUUGACAAUGUAAUGUGACAAUGUAAUGUGCUCUGAUGAGGCUCUGAAUUGCCAUCUGGCAGGAUUCUUGGCUGGCUGGCAUUUAAGUGAGCAACAACUUAAGAAAAAUAACCAUUUAAAAGUAAUUUCUCGAAAGUGGCACUUUUACAAAAAAAUUCUAAUCUUUAAGAAAGGAUUAUAUGGGGUGGGGACAAUUCAUAUCUUUUUAAGCCCUAAAAAAAAAGAUUCAUAUCUUUUUUAAACUCACAUCACACUAUGCAUACCUGGCACAUAAAAUGUUCUCUAACUCAAACUAUGGGACACCAUUCAGUUGAGUAUUUUGUGACUGUCAUUACAGGCCUCUUUUCAAACAAAGCCAUUGUUGAAACUGCCAUUGCACAAGUGAACUGAUGUUUUAACUAAUAAACUCGAUGAAUUU